AUGAUUGAUGGUCUAUUCAACACUGAGGAGGCAGAGCUGAUUAAGACAAUCCCCUUAAGCCGUGAAGCAAAAGAGGAUGUUUUGUUUUGGCCACACUCAAAUGAUGGGAAGUAUAGCUGCAAGACUGGAUAUAGGUUCUUAAAAAUGGAAGAGGAGCUGAAUGAUGAGCCACAGGUGACUACAAAUGAUCAUACUCAAGUGUGGAAAGCUGUGUGGUCCAUGUGCACCCCACCGAAGGUGAAAACGCUGGUGUCGCAUGCUUGUCGUGAAGCUAUGCCUACAAAGAGUGCUUUGUUCCGACGCACUAUAUCAACGGACCCUCACUGUGUCAAGUGCCAUGCCUCAUCGGAGAAUGCCUUGCAUGCCUUGUGGUCUUGCCCGGAGUUGGAUUCGGUGUGGUCUAAUUUACAGUUUUGGAGUGUCCGAGGUGCAGUCCAGUUCGUGGAUUUCAAAGAGCUCUUAUCCUGGUUGAUCCGAAACAACCAUCAUCUUGAGCUCUUUGCUGUAACGGUCUGGCAAAUCUGGAACCAGCGAAACCGAGUGCGCCUCAAUCAACCCGCGGACUCACUGCACCAAAUAGCUCACAUCUCAAAAGUUUGGCUAGUUGACUACCACACCAGGCAGGUGAUUUCAAAUAUACCAAUGCAACAAAAUCAGCGCCCCAGAAAGCAUUGGAAACCACCACCUUAG